ACCUCCGCCACUGGAGAGGAGAGAGGAGAGCGGCGGCGAGGGAAGGGCAGAGAUAUUUUUCCUCUGUGCAAAACCACCGGGCCCUGGCGCUGUUGUCACCCCCACACCGCUCCGAAAACACAACCACGACAUGGACAAUCUAGAUUGAAGACACAACAGCCAAGACUCCUACUUUCUUCUUUCCUUCUAUUUUCCUUCUUGGACUCUUCUAUAUCUGCUGGAGCUACAAGGAACUGAGCACAGGUUGAGGCACCAUGUCCUCCGUCAAGGUUGCCGUGCGCGUACGGCCGUUUAACAACCGGGAGAUCGGCCGCCAAGCAAAAUGCGUCAUCUCCAUGAAAGACAAAACAACCGCCAUCCAACAUCCCAAGCAGUCGAAGGAUGUGAAAGCGUUCAACUUUGACUACUCCUACUGGUCCCACACCAAUGAGCAAGAUCCCAACUUUGCCGGCCAGAACAAGGUUUACCAGGACAUAGGAGAGGAGAUGCUCCAACAUGCGUUUGAAGGCUACAACGUGUGCAUCUUCGCCUAUGGGCAGACGGGAGCCGGGAAAUCCUACACCAUGAUGGGCAAACCUGAGCCCAGGGACCAGCAAGGCAUCAUUCCUCAGCUAUGUGAAGAACUGUUUGACAAAAUUAAGACUCAGGAAAGCAAGGACCUGCAGUUCUCGGUGGAAGUCAGCUACAUGGAAAUCUACUGCGAGCGUGUGCGCGACCUGCUCAACCCCAAGAACAAGGGAAACCUACGUGUUAGAGAGCAUCCUCUGCUAGGACCAUAUGUAGAGGACCUUUCCAAGUUAGCUGUGACUUCCUUUAACGAGAUCAACACACUCAUGGAUGAAGGCAACAAAGCAAGAACUGUGGCAGCGACUAACAUGAACGAGACCAGCAGCCGCUCCCAUGCUGUGUUCACCGUGGUCUUCACUCAGAGAAGACAUGACGAAAUGACAGACCUCUCCACUGAAAAGGUUGCAAAGAUCAGUCUAGUAGACCUGGCUGGAAGUGAACGUGCGAACGCCACUGGUGCUAAGGGUGACCGACUGAAGGAAGGAGCUAACAUCAACAAGUCCCUAACCACCUUGGGCAAGGUCAUUCAUGCACUAGCAGAGUCGUCGCAGUCUGGGGAUGUGAAGAAGAUAAUAAAGUCUCAGUCUGGCUCGAAGAAGAGGAAGAAGUCUGAUUUCAUUCCGUACCGUGAUUCUGUUCUGACCUGGCUUCUCAGGGAGAACCUUGGUGGGAAUUCCAAGACCGCUAUGAUUGCUGCUCUUAGUCCAGCUGAUAUUAACUAUGAAGAAACGCUGAGUACACUAAGAUAUGCCGACCGUGCCAAGCAGAUUGUGUGCAAGGCAGUAGUAAACGAAGACCCCAACGCCCGACUGAUCCGCGAGCUGAAGGAGGAAGUCUUCCGUCUCAAGGAACUUCUCAAGUCAGAAGGACUAGCAGAACUUGUGGAUUCUAUGUAUACAAAAUCGGAUGGAUCCACUCCCUUGUUGUCACCGACAGAUGAGCUCAAUGCCAACGUUCCUAACAAGAAUCUGCAGCUCCAACCUCACAACCUUAAUGGUCCUGCCAGUCCCAGUGAUGGUGGGCAGAGGAUUAUGACCCCCAGGAAUGAGGAUGCUAUGGAGCAAUUAAGGGCAUCAGAGAAGCUGAUUGCAGAGCUGAAUGAAACGUGGGAGGAAAAACUGAAGAAGACAGAGCUAGUGAAGCAGGAGAGAGAGGCUGCUUUAGCAGAGCUUGGUGUGGCAUUGGAUGGUACUGGCACUACAAUUGGAGUGUGCUCUCCCAAAAAUACCCCACACUUGGUGAACCUUAAUGAGGACCCCCUGAUGUCUGAAUGCCUGCUGUAUUACAUCAAACCAGGAAUCAUGAAGGUGGGCUCCACACAUGCAGACAUUAUCCUGAGUGGACCACACAUCCGCGAUCAUCACUGUACCUUUGAGAGCAGAGAAAAGAAUGGAGAAAUUAUUGUUACUGUGACUCCAGAGAAGGGUGCAACUAUAUUUGUCAAUGGAAAAACUGUUGAAGGACCGCUACUUCUCAAAACAGGACACCGUGUUAUCCUGGGGAAAAACCAUGUCUUCCGGUUUAACCAUCCAGAGCAAGCUCGUCAAGAAAGAGAGAAGACACCAUCAGCGGAAACUCCAGGUACAGUUGAUGCACAAUUGGGAGAACCUGUGGACUGGACCUUUGCCCAGAUGGAGUUGUUGGAAAAGCAAGGCAUCGACAUGAAACUGGAGAUGGAGAAACGAUUGCUAGCGAUGGAGGAACAGUACCGAAGAGAGAAGGAAGAGGCUGACCAGCUUUUGGAGCAGCAACGACUGAAGGACGAUGAGACCAUGUCAGAAGAAGAGACAGAGAGUGAAAAGCGCUCCUGUGAGGAAAGCUGGAAGCUGAUCAGUUCCCUGAGAGAGAAAGUUUCCCCCGUCAAACUACAGUCCAUCGUGAAGAAGUGCGGUUUGCCCAGCGACGGACGCGAGAGGAAGAGAAAGGAGAAGCCGUCCAUGCCGUUAUACCAGAUCCCCGAGAGGCGGAAGCUGAAUCGUCAGGACGUGAAGUGGCUCACCAUGGCCGACCUCAAGGUGCAAGCCGUAAAAGAGAUCUGUUACGAGGUGGCCCUGAACGACUUUAAGCACACACGACAGGAGAUUGAAGCCAUGUCGAUAGUUAAGAUGAAGGAACUGUGUCGACUCUACAACAAGAAGGACACGAAUGCAACCGAGUCAUGGAAAUCGGUAGCCCGCGACGUGUGGGAAACGGUGGGAGUCGGGGAUCCUCCCAGCCACGGACAUCAUCCAGAAGUAGACGAGAGGAGCAAGACAGAUAUGGAGGAGCUGAAGCACAACGUCACCGCGCUAACCUGCAUGAUCCACGAGUUCAAAAAGGUCAACGAAGCCAAAGAAGCCGAGAUCACUAACCUGCGAUGCAAACUGGAGAAAAUGGAGCUAUACGUUUCACCGGAAGCAGAGGCGUCGAUUAAGCGGAUGAAAGGGGCGGAGGCCGCGGAGGCCCCGCCGCAGCCCCAACCCAUGGAGUACAGCCCGUCCUCUCCUCCUCAACAACAUGAGCCCGUCAUGCGACACAGUCACUCCACCUCUGAUCUCUCAAGAGAGGAGCGCAUUCAGAGGCUGAUGGAUGAAGAUCCGGCCUUCCGGCGCGGCCGCUUGCGCUGGCUGCGGCAGGAGCAGCAACGCCAGCAGCAGCUGAAGAUGGCCAAGGAGCGUAGCCAGCUGCGCAUGACCGGAAAGUACCCACAGCAGCAACAACAGCAGCAGCAACAGCAGCAGCAGCAGCAACAACGAUACCAGCAGCAAGGCUACAACUUCAGCCAGAACUUUAACAAGAACAAGGAUCCUCAAGUCAAGCUGCGAUUCCCCUUCCGAGCUGGCCAGCAACAGUCUUCCAGUGGCCGCGGCCGUAGCCUCAGCUUUGGCUCCAGCUCCAGUGCAGAAAGCCCCAAUCAAGCCUUCCAGUUUGGUGCUAUGGACAAGGAUAAAGCUUGUCACUAUUCCAUGUUGAACAUGUCUAUGACGUCAGAACAAGAAGCAGCCGGUUUAAGGGAGAAUCCGCCAACAACAGAAGAAGUCCCACCUGCCGACAGAAGGGGUUCUGAAGCAGCAACAAAGCCACAAGAAGUUGCCAUGGAUUAUGAGAGUAAGCUGCAGGCCCUGCAGAGCCAAGUGGAACGUGCCAGUCUGCUGUCAGGAUGCACCACUCCAGAGUAUAGUACUGACGAUGAACAAGGAGAGAUUGAACCAUCCUGGACAGAGAAGGAGUACCAGCUAGCACAGUGGGCAUUUAUCAAGUGGAGAUAUCACCAGUUCACAUCGCUCAGGGAUGAUCUGUGGGGAAAUGCAAUUUUCCUCAAGGAGGCAAAUGCCAUCAGUGUGGAGCUAAAGAAAAAGGUCCAGUUCCAGUUUGUUCUGCUGACUGACACCAUGUACUCCCCGCUGCCCCCUGACCUGAUGCCCCCAGACGUGGCGUCGGACCAGCCCUACCCUCGCACUAUCGUAGCUGUGGAGGUCCACGACCUCAAGAACGGUGCCACUCACUACUGGACACUGGAUAAACUCAGACAGCGGCUUGAGUUGAUGAGAGAAAUGUACGACAGUACAGCGGAGAUGACCACCACUUCCGCCGCCGACUGCCCGGUGGAGAGUCUGACCGGUGGUGACCCUUUCUACGACAGGUUCCCCUGGUUUCGCCUUGUUGGAAGAGCGUUUGUGUACCUGAGUAACCUGCUGUACCCUGUGGGGAUAGUCCACCGUGUGGCAGUGGUCAGUGAGAAGGGCGAUGUGAGGGGGUGGCUACGAGUGGCUGUACAACAUGUCACAGACGAUGAUGCUCCUGACUGCACUGGAGGAGUGUGUCAGACUGGGACGGCCAGGAUUGCAUUUAACCAGGAGGAACUGCAGAAAAAGAUUGAUGCUGAGAAUGAAGCGGAGGCAAACAUACCAUCAGGAGAGGAGCUGCGUAUAGUGGAAGGGCAAGGUAAUGGGACAGAUGCCAUCAAACCAUCGUUUAUUGUAGGAAGCCAGACCAUAGCCAUUAUUUCCUCCACAGAUGACGAGGAAGCAAGUGAGGCCACUGCAGCCGCAGCAGCUGCAGCAGGUGCAGACGGCCAGAAGACACCUGCGGAGGAGGAGGAGGGGGAGGAGGAAGACAGCUGGGUACAGUUCAUGAAGGAACACCCCCACCUGAAGCUGGGGAGCACCUUCACCUUCCGUGUCACUCUUCUCCAAGCCUCCGGCAUCCCGCCGGAGUAUGCUGAUGUCUUCUGUCAGUUCAAUUUCCUACAUCGCCAUGAUGAAGCCUUCUCCACAGAACCACUGAAGAACACUGGCAAAGGGCCACCCCUUGGUUUCUAUCAUGUCCAAAAUAUUUCGGUAGUUGUGACCAAGUCGUUCAUUGAGUACAUCCGGAGCCAGCCCCUCGUGUUUGAAGUGUUUGGUCACUACCAGCAGCAUCCUCUGCACAUGCAGGCCAAGGAGGAGGUCAUCAUGCAGCGAAGAAUGCCCCGAACAUUCCCACAGUCCCUUCCACUGGCAAAACCAGUUCCAUCUCCAAGACAUGGGCGUGUACCAACAACACCCAAUCUGAACAUGACCCACUGCAGUUAUGACCUGCUGGGCUGGUGGGAGAUCUGUGAGCUGGGACCUUCAGGAGAGUACAUAGCAGCUGUAGUGGACCACAGUGAUGAGAAGCCAUGUCAGGGGGUCUUCAUGUUGCAUCAGGGUAUCCAGAGACGAAUCCGAGUGACACUUGUUCACGAGCCUGGACAAGAUGUGGUGUGGAAGGGGGUGAAAGAAGUUGUCAUCGGUUGGCCUACUAUUCGUCCCAAAUCAACAAAAGACAUGAAAUCCUUACGCAAGAAGCUCCUCUAUGGACGGAUCAGAAACAAGUUGGAAGUGAAGGGUCCUGAUGGAGAGGUGUCUGCCCUGUCACUCAACAUCUGUUCACAGGGGUACCUCUACCCACCUCAUGAUCUCAGCACUACCAUUGAGGAACAUGACAUUAGGGUGUUCUACCAGUUUGAAGCAGCCUGGGACAGCUCGUUGCACAACUCAAAACUUCUCAACAGAGUAACUCCCUACAGAGAGAAGGUCUACAUGACAGUAUCAGCUUAUAUCGAGUUGGACAACUGUGCCCAGCCCGCCUGUAUUACAAAGGACCUGUGUCUCACCAUCCACAGUAGAGAUGCCAGACUUUCACAGCCUAGAUCCUUGCGAAGCCUGUUUGGAAGUGGCUACUACAGAUCUCCAGACAGCAACCGUGUCAGCAGUGUUUAUGAGCUGAGCCUGAAGCAUUCCAGUCCAGAGGGGAGUCCAGGUGUGCAGCGGCGGAGACGGAGAGUUCUGGACACGUCCACGACGUACGUACGCGGCGAGGAAAACCUGGCGGGCUGGAGACCCCGCGGUGACUCCCUCAUCUUCGAGCACCAAUGGGAGCUUGAGAAACUCACACGGCUAGAACAGGUGGAGAGAGUCCGACACUUGCUGUUGCUGCGAGAGAAGAUGGGCAUCAUUUCUGCUGACGAAGCCCAGGAGAAGAGAUGGAUUCUGGGAGAGGGGGACGAUGACACUGUAGACAGGCAGAUCGCCCUGCUGGACAAGUGCUUAAAGUUGUGGAGCAUGGAGCCCCUUCAACUCUUUGUAGAGGCUUUUCUACUAAAAAUUCUCAAGAAGGACCCAGAUGUAGAUGAUGUAGAUGAUGAUGAUGACCCAGCCGGGAUGAUCCGGUCUGUCUCCACCCCGGUUCUCAGCUCCACCCUGGUGGAGAACUCCCCCCAGCACAGCCCAGCCAAGUCCCCGGUCCCCCCACCCCCUUUAGGGGCACCAGACAGCGAGGGGCCCCUCCCGGAAGGGGUGGCGGUGCCUGUGUUACCCCCCCUGCCCCCCGACUCUACAGACGACCUGAACCCUGACCAUCAGGCUCUCUACAUCCCUGCUGUGGAGGAGAUCAGAGUCAGCCCUGUUGUGUCACGCAAAGGAUACCUAAAUUUUCUAGAGGAGAAAACCAGUGGCUGGAUCAAGCGAUGGGUGGUGGUGCGUCGCCCGUAUGUGUACAUGUACAACAAUGAGAAGGACCCUGUAGAGCGGGGACUGAUUAACCUGGCCACUGCACAGGUGGAGUACAGCGAGGACCAGCAGGCCAUGCUCAAGACCCCCAACACGUUCUCAGUGUGCACCAAGCAUCGCGGGUUCCUGCUGCAGACCCUGGGUGAUAAGGACGUCCAUGACUGGCUGUAUGCCAUCAACCCCCUGCUGGCAGGCACCAUCAGGUCCAAGCUUGCCCGCCGUGCUGCCUACCUCAGAAUCUAGCCGUGCAGUUGACCCAGUCAGACAUUGUGGCAUGUGUACUUCCUAUAAUGACCAUCCUUGCGCACACAGACAAGUCAUGUCAUGUCGAUUGACUCGUUGGCACAACCCGUGAUGAUACGUCACUCUUGAUCCAAAAGGGCAAAAAUCAUUUCAUUUUAGCAAAUUCUUACAAUUGUGUCAGCAACAUUUAGUCAGAGCUGCGUGAAUAUAGAGGAACCUUUGUCAGAAGAAUUUAGAGAGAGACUGCUCUUUUUAAACUCAUCCCAACAUCACAGUAACUUAUCAUACAUUUUAGGAAAGGGAAUUGACCACCAGACUUAUCCAAAAUAUUGCUUUUAAAGGCAAGGUAGACACUUGACAAUGUGUAUUCCUCUUAAUCGGUGUUUCUACAAAUUAAACACCUCCCUACACAUAAUACCACCCAAUGGCAGUCAGAAGUGCACUUGGAUGUAAUGUCUGGUUACAGGGACAUUGCUUUACAAAGCUGCAGUAUUCCCCCAUCCUUUCCCCACUACAGCUAUAACCCUUUAAGGAUGUCUUUGGUACCUAAGAAAGGCCUACAUUUUAUGUACGUAAAGUAUGGUCAAACAGUUUUGGAUCAGUAGUGACUGUUCAUCAGUGCUCAGCCAACAAGAGUGUUCUGUAUAAUGUAUAUUGCUCUCUCAGUGCUAACUUAACAUGCUUACCCAGCCUUGCCUCGCACAAACUUAUGACAAGUAAUUUGAGAUGCAAAAUUAAGAGAAAAAAAAAGACAUGCAAGUGUUACAGAUUUUGACAAACUUUUGUGAUGUACUAUUUUUCCCCAAGCCUAAUUGUACACGUUCCAGUUGUGGAAUGGAUUGUGUGAUUGUACAAAUAGCCAAGUGCUGACUGUAUGGUGUGGAGUGAGAUUGCAGAUGUCUUGCCAUGAAUGUUGUUAGUAAUGUUGUAAGGAGUAUAGAAUAUGGUACGUAGGCAUGGCAUAUGCAGUUCACCAUUUAUUAUGGCUUGCUGUGUGAUCUGCCUUGCUUGUAUUUAAGUGUGAAAAUAAGUUUUCAGGAAUUUUCAAAGUUGUCAGAUGGUAGAAAAGGGAUGAAGUGACUGUAUAGAGACCAGCUGUAUUGAAAAUUAGUUGUGUAUUUUGCAAAGUUUGCAAAGCAGGAUAUUAUAAAAAAUUUUGAAGAUUACUGAAUUUUAUACUGGUCUAUAACCUGUAUAAUUUGUGCUUCAGCUGGUUCAGUUUGCAUGCUGCUUGGACAAAAUGGCACAUAAUUUUUGAGCAACUUUCUUGCCAUUUUUGUUUUUUAUUCAAACUUAUUUGUUUCCAUGUUUUUUUACAUUUAAAAAGUUGUGUUUAUUCAUUAUUUCUGGACUAACAGGCCAGUGGUUUUUCUAGCAAAUGCUGCAAAAGAAGUACCAGUAGAUACUUUGUGUGAUUUCUGUUUUUUGACUUGUUUUAUUUAUUAUCAUGGUGAAUGCUGUGCCAUGCAUAUGUCCUCUAGGAAUUCUAGUCCAAUUCAAGAGACAAAAUUGUCGCAAUGUGAUUAUCAAUGUAUAUUAAUAGACAAGUAGUAAUCAUCAUAUUGUAAAUCUUCCAUCCUAUAUGUU